CACGAAUCAGAAUAUUUCAGUUCAAUUUUUAAUUACAAUGUAAUUACUUAUAACUAGAAUGGAUUAACAUGAUUGAAAACUGAUCUACGAUAAAAAAAAAUGAUUGAAAACUGAUCUACAUGUUCAAUAUUGGAUUAUUGGACCUUUGAGAGAUUAAUUGGACUGUGGGCUGGGAGUUAAUCCAAAAGAAAAAAAAACAAAAACACAGAGAGAGAAGGAAUUAGGUAAAAAAAUAUAGAUCAAGAGAAAUAAGUGGCAGCAACCAAGAAUGGAUCGCCGGUCUUCUUCUUUGAAAAAACAACUCUCGAGGGCGAUCACCGCCAUUGAUGCCGAUGACGAGCACCUUCCAAUACUAUUGGGCAAUCACCGCCGUCACGACGCAUCACCUUCCUCCUCCAAUGAGAGCUCUCCGAUCAUGAGGCCCCCAUCGUCCCCCAUUCACCCCCACGACGGCAGAGGGGAGGUCAUCGUCAAGAUUGACGGAGAUCACGGCGGCGAGAUGCGGAUGGGCGACAGCGGCGGCGAUGACUUUGAAUUCCAACACACCCCCAGCAAGGAUGUGGCGGUCGAUCCGCCGUCGAGGCUCAUAGGGCAAUUCCUUAAUAAACAGAGGGAGGCCGGCGUCGAGAUGUGCCUUGACAUGGACAUGGACAUGGAUGAGCUGAGUCAUCACCACCGUCACACCACCGGUGCAUGUGCAUGUCCGGCCAAUUUCCCGUCAUCUUCGCCGGAACCUUCAUUCCACGUCAACCGUUAUAACAGCAACCGGAUCCCGGCUUCUAAAGAACUAAAAGUCCAAUUCAUGGACGAGCAGUCAGGGGAUUCCACACCUCCCAGCAGAGCGGUAGACAUUGAGGCCGAUCAUCACCGCCACCGCCACCACAAUUCCAUAUCGUCUACCCGCUCAUCCUCAAGCGACGAUGACGAUGAUGAGAUGAUGGAACGACAUCAGCCACAACACAGUCGGAGGAGGACCUCCGACAGCAAGACGUUUAGCUUCAAUAACAAUAACAAUAACAUAGCAGAAAUCGGGGCCGAAGGCGGGGGAGAUGGACACGUCGUGAAAUGCACAUCGUUUCAACGGAGAGGUAGUUUCAUGGGCGGGAGGAUCAUAAACAAAACAAAGUCAAGGCUAAUGGACGACAUGGUUGUCGUCCCGGACGUAGUGGUGACCGAGAAGAAGUCGGGGAGGUUAUUCGGGAAGUCUCAAAUAAUGCGCUCAUCCGGACUUAUGAUGGGAAAGUCACCAGAAGAGGAAGACGACGACCCGCUUUUGGAUGACUUCGACAUCCCAGACGAACUAAAGAGGUCAAAGAUAGACGCGCUAACCCUAGCGCAAUGGAUUAGCCUUAUCAUCAUCGUGUCGUCAUUGAUUUGCACGCUCUCCUUCCCGAGACUAAAGAACUACCGCAUGCGUGGACUGAGGCUAUGGAAGUGGCAAGUCCUCAUCCUCGUCCUCAUAUGCGGGAGGUUAGUCUCGGGAUGGGCAAUCAGAGUGGCCGUCUUCUUCAUAGAGAGGAACUUUCUAUUAAGAAAAAGACUCUUAUAUUUUGUGUAUGGGGUAAGGAAGGCUGUUCAAAACUGUCUAUGGUUAGGUCUUGUCCUCGUUGCAUGGCAUUCCAUGUUUGAUAAGAAAGUAGAAGGCAACAAUGACUUUCUCAGGUCGGUCAACAAGAUCAUGGUAUGCAUGUUGAUAGGCAUCACUCUCUGGCUACUAAAAACACUAAUGGUCAAAGUCCUAGCCUCCUCCUUCCACGUCAGCAAAUUCUUUGACCGGAUUCAGGAAUCACUGUUCAACCAGUACCUAAUAGAAGCUCUGUCGGGCCCACCCCUGAAUGAGAUUCACUGUCACCAGGAGGAACAGGACAAGGCCAUGGAGGAGGUGUGGAAGCUCCAGAACGCCGGAGCGAAGUUGCCGCCGGAGCUCAAAGCAAAUGCCCUUAAAGACUUGAAGAGCAACAGUAACAAAGUCCUGAUCGGCGACGGCGGCUGUGGAGGCGCAACGCCGGCGAGGGUCUCCGGCGUCAUUUCUAGCUUCAGGGGUCCGGUGGUGGACGAAAAGCGUAAUACCCACCAAGGAAUAACGAUUGAUUUUCUUCACAAGUUGAACCCAAAGAAUAUUUCGGCUUGGAGUAUGAAGAGGAUGGUGAAGAUGGUCCGGCAUGGGGUUCUCUCCACUCUAGAUGAGCAAAUACAGUGUACGGCUCAAAAUUAUGAAUCCAAUCAGAUUAGAAGUGAAUAUGAGGCUAAAUUGGCUGCGAGAAAGAUAUUUCAUAACGUCGCCAAACCGAAGUCCAAUUCCAUCUACUUGGAGGACCUGAGGCGGUUUUUGCGAGAAGAGGAGGCAGUGCAGGCCAUGAAUCUUCUGGGCGGCUCACACGAAUGCAAAAGAAUUAGGAAAGCAGCCCUUAAAAACUGGGUGGUCAACGUGUUCAGAGAAAGAAGAGCACUAGCACUGACCCUAGAUGACACAAAGACAGCGGUAAAAAAGCUACACCAGAUGUUAACCGUGAUAGUGGGAGCCAUCAUCUUCCUCAUCAGCCUUGUAAUUCUAGGGUUCGUGACUGGUAGAGGGCUGAUGUACAUAAGCUCUCAGGUGGUGAUCGUCGCAUUCAUUUUCGGGAACUCAUGCAAGACGGUUUUCGAAGCGAUCAUAUUCCUGUUCGUGAUGCACCCCUUCGACGUCGGAGACCGGUGCGAGGUGGACGGAGUUGAGAUGGUGGUGGAGGAGAUGAACAUCUUGACGACGGUGUUUCUCAGGUAUUAUUAAGACCCGAAGUUCCAUACCAUAAGGUCAACCCUAUUAGGAGGAUUAGCUCAUAUCUUAAUAUAUAGCACCCUCCUCACGAAGUGCCUGGGUUGUGCUUUCAUUCAUUUUUUCGUCGGUUCGUCAUUAUCAUUUUUUAAAAUCAUGUCGUCAUUUUUCAUAAGGGGGUGUGUGACUUCAACAGGUAUGACAACCUGAAGGUACAUUUCCCAAACAGCACACUGGCGAUGCGGCCGAUCGGGAACUUCUACCGGAGCCCGGACAUGGGUGACUCAGUCGACUUCUUAGUCCAUGUAGCGACACCCAUGGAUAAGAUUCGGGUGAUGAACCAACGAAUAGUGAGUUAUGUUGAGAGCAAGAAGGAUCACUGGUAUUCGGGUCCCAUGGUGGUUUUGAUGAACAUUGAAGACAUUAGCAAGUUGAAAAUGUCGGUGUGGCUUAGACACAGGAUGAACUUUCAAGACAUGGGUGAAAGGUGGUUGCGAAGGGCUCAACUGGUUGACGAGAUGGUUAAAUUGUUUAAGGAAUUGGACAUUGACUACAGGCUCUAUCCUGUGGACAUUAACGUCCGGGCUAUGCCUACCAUUCAGUCCACUCGACUUCCACCAAAGUGGCAGCCUCCAUCCCCCCAUUCUGAUCCAUCACUUUAAUUUGACAGUACAUGUAUAUUAUUUUUUAAUUAUUACUGUAUUAUUAGGGAGUAUCAAUAUGAUAAUAUUUCAUGUAAACUGUAACUUUUACAUUAUAGAUGCUAUAUUUCACGUAGUAUGGCAAUUGCAAUCAUUACUAAAUUUUGAAGUUACAAAUAAAUGGUUCCAUGCAUGGCAGUUAUCCCC